UCUGUCGCCUUGCAGAACUCUAGAAGAACCGAAAUAGAGGAAAUUAGUUGAAUUUUUACGGCGAUCUAUGAUGGCUUAAUCCCUUUGCUUACGGCCAUGAGCUAAUCUACUAGACCUGCUUCUUUUAAGAUGUCUGCGAAAGGGAAUGAGCUACGGAAAUUAAGCGAAGAAAGCUUGACUAGACCACCUGAAGAAGUCUUUGAUGUUCUCGAAAAGCUUGGCGAAGGUUCCUAUGGCUCUGUGUACAAGGCAAUGCACAAGGAAACAGGUCAAGUUGUUGCUAUCAAACAAGUACCAGUUGACACAGACCUGCAGGAGAUUAUAAAAGAAAUAAGCAUGAUGCAGCAGUGUGAUAGUCCGUAUGUUGUGAAGUAUUAUGGAAGCUACUUCAAGAACACAGAUCUCUGGAUUGUUAUGGAAUUCUGUGGUGCAGGAUCAGUGUCAGAUUUAAUGAAAAUAAGAAAUAAAACUUUGACAGAAGAAGAGAUUGCAUGUAUAUUGAAAUACACUCUUAAGGGACUUGAAUAUCUUCAUUUGAGAAGAAAAAUACACAGAGACAUCAAGGCAGGAAAUAUCCUGCUUAAUGCAGAAGGCCAUGCCAAACUUGCAGACUUUGGAGUUGCUGGUCAACUCACUGAUACAAUGGCAAAAAGGAACACUGUAAUAGGAACUCCGUUUUGGAUGGCUCCUGAAGUGAUACAGGAAAUUGGUUAUGACUGCUUAGCAGAUAUUUGGUCUUUAGGAAUAACAGCAAUAGAAAUGGCUGAAGGGAAACCUCCUUAUGCUGACAUUCAUCCAAUGAGGGCAAUAUUUAUGAUUCCAACCAAACCCCCUCCGACAUUUAAAGAUGACGAAAGACGGAGUAAGGAAUUCUUGGACUUUGUGAGCAAAUGUCUUGUGAAGAAUCCAGAAGAAAGAGCGACUGCUACACAGCUGUUACAGCAUCCAUUUAUUGAAAGUGCUAAGUCUGUAAGUGUGUUAAACAGCAUGAUUCAAGAGGCACUGAAUAUUAUGGAGGAGGAAAGCACCAGGGAGGAAAACGAGGAUGAGACUGAGGAGAGUGACGAACAUGUGGAUUCAGGGACGAUUGUGAAAUUCGGCGAUGGCAAUGACAACACCAUGAUAAUGAACACAGCAACGAGUGUUCAGAGCCAAGAUACAAUGAUUGUUAACAGUGAGGCGGGUACACUGCUCGAGUCAGAUCUUGGAACAAUGGUAAUCAACUCUGACGACGAAGACGCGACAAUGAAAAGACUGGACAGUGACGCCAAACAGAAUUAUCGUCCGUCCUUUAUGGAUCAUUUUGACAGAAUCUACGAAGCUGGAGGUCGAGGAAGCGAGUCUGGCGCCAAUGGUUCUUCUGAAGAAGACUCUGGAGGACUUUUGAGGGGAGUGAAACCAGAAGAUCCCUUUAAACUUAAGAAGGAAGGCCCCCCUGACUUUGAAUUUUUAAGAUCUCUUCCUUGCGAUGAACUGCAACGGCGAAUGCAAACACUGGACAUGGAAAUGGAAAAAGAAAUUGAAGGACUUCGGUCUAGAUACCAAGCAAAAAGACAACCCAUCCUUGAUGCUAUGGAAGCAAAGAAAAGAAGGCAACAGAACUUUUAGCAGCGUCAUGUUGCCUCGACGUGGAUUGUACUAUACUGCAUGUGUUGGAGAGAAAUUUGUGCUAAAGAAUAUUUAAAGGUUUUACGUCUCAAUUUUUUUUGCUGCGUGUAAAAUUACCUUCAACGGGAAGGAAACAACAAAAUAUUAGUUUUGUAAGAUAAAAAAAAAUACCAACAUGGAAAAGGUAAACCAAGAGGGAACUAGGUUGAUCAAGGAUUGAGAGGAUAUAAAUAGAUUGUAAAUGACAUACUUGAAGGUUUUAAGCGAAAUUUUUUUGAGAUUCUGAUUAUCUGAAGUGGUUCCUUUAAGUCCAUAUUUUCGGCUCUUAUCAUUACUGCGAAAACAGUUGGCAUAACAUCUGCCCGAGUUACGAACGUUAGCCUUGGAAUUUAAGGCAUUUUUGGUGACUGACUGCACCGCGUAUUCUUCUGCCAAGUAAAUGCUGUCUACACUAGAAUCAAAAUCCGUUCCAUCAACUCGUGUAAACAAUGCAGAUCUAUGUUGAAUAUGGCGAAGAAGUGCACUCCAUAUUCCUCCACAAAGGAAACGACGACAAGCAGAGAAUUACAUCUUCUUAUCAGUACCACUUGAAUUAAGUACGUGAUACGGACCUACGCUGAAUAUGGCCAGUUGCGUCGGGACAGAUACGUGGAACGUUUUCGUUUACGGAUUCAAUAAGGAGGAUUAAAAACCACUGGCUGUGAGUUGGCUCAGGGAUUGUAGUAGGAUCUCUGAAUGAACAGUAUAAUUACAGAUUUCGAAAAACUUGUCUAUAAUAUUUAAACUGACAGUUCUACUUUAUACCUAUUGCUAAAUUGAAGAAAAUGUACCGUCAUUGGUUGGUUUGAAGAGUUUGCUAUGUUGACCCAAGAUCAUCACCUCGGUCCGUCAAAAGUUAGUUUUGCAUUUCAUCAAUUGAUAGAUUGAUUGAAUGACUGCGACCUAUAGACUCGCCGUUGGCUGUCCUCUCCUCUAUAACCUGACAUAAGCCACCAAACUCUCUUCGUCAAACUCAAAAACUCGAAAUCUCCAGGGAGCAAAAGAUGGUAAUGCUGUCAGACUCUUUAUUUUCUUUUUUUUUUUUUUUUUUUUUUUUUAAUUAGACGCCUAUUUAUUGUCUUAUUUGGAAGUCUACCACAGAGUAAGUGAUGGUGAUUCACAAAAUGCGACGUGGUGCCUUAGAUAAACAAAUUAGAAAAGAUUUCGAAAGAAACUGUAGUCCAACUAAAAAAGACAGGAAUCACAGAAAUCGAUCAUACAUUUGAAGAGAUCAAUGUCCUAUCUAAGUAGUUGCGUACCAGCUCCUCCCCUAGCCCAACAACAGUCAACUGAUUACAAGCCAGGGUUAAUGUCGGGUUAGGGGAGGGGUAUGUGCGCAGUAGCUAAGAUAAUUAAAUUGAUCCGUUCGACGUGAAGACAAAGUACUUUAUUUCUGACUCCUCAACUAAAUUACUUAUUAAAGUUUGGUGACUUCGCACAGGCCCCGUUUCGAGGUAGCUCGUUUUAAAGCGUAAGUUAUAUUAAUUGCUUGAGGAUAAUCGAUUUGUUUCACCAGAGAAUGGUUCCUUCAUUCAGAAGGCUUUUUUCCUUAUAUUUAUAGAUUACUACUUCUAUUACUUCACUAUAGUUUUGUACAUUGAAUUUUCAAUCUUGACGUUGCUAUUUUUAAGACUUAUGAUAAAAAUUGAACAUAAGCAAUUUGAUCGUUGUCUGGUACAGUUCGUUGACAUUGCGUCAAGUUGCUCUAAGUUACCUUCGAAACGCUGCUGGAAAGUUCUAUGGGCUCAGCAAAUAUCCACGAUUCGAUUUUGAAUGAACAAAAAGUUGUUACGUUUACUUCGAUAUCAAAUUGGGCCUAAAAUGUACAGAUUGCUACUGUUAUGUUAUAUUGGUUAAUGGUAAUUAUCUUUACAAGAAGCACGUUGAGUUUUUUUCAAACACUUGGGGAUCUAGUCUACUUUCCAACUUUUUUUCUCGUUUGUUUGUUUGUUUGUUGUUGUUGUUAUUGUAAAUUUUUUUUUCCAUGCUGUUUCGCGCUUUUUAUGUUUGUCGUCACGCAACUGUACUCGUCACGGUUUUCGUGACUAAGAUGUGGGUUGACGACCGAAAUAUCACCUGGAAAGGAGGCUAAAUCCUCCCCCUCAUACCCGUCUAAGAUCCAUAGCUAAUUUUAGAUAGCCUUGAAAAGUAAUGGGAGAUUGUUGGUUAUUUAGCUGGAAUAAAUUAUCCUAGUUUUAACAAGUGAUUGCUAAAAA